AUGGCCUCCACGCAUGCUGCCAUUGCCACAGAGCACCUUUCCAUGAUGGACCUCCACCGCCGUCUCGGUCACAUCGCGCCCCGUGCUGUGUGCGACCUUGUUGCCAAGGGGUUUGUGACUGGUGUGAAGUUAGUACACUCCGACGAGCCGGAGGUGUGUGAAGCAUGCAUUCACGCUAAGUCCACGCGCAAGCCCGUGCCAAAGGAGCGUCAGGGAGAGCGUGCUGCAGAGUUUGGCGAGGAGGUUCACUCGGACAUUUGGGGCCCUGCACGGAUC